CUGCCAUGGCGUGCGCCUGGAGCUUCCCCCGCGGGAUAAGGGGGGAGCCGGCCCCACCGUACUGGUGUGUCUGCGUGUGUCUGCGCAAUGUUCAACCCUUGCUCCAGGGCAAUGAAGUUGGUGGCCUGUGUCUGUGGCCUGGCCCUAGUGGCCUGUGCCCUAGCACUAGAGAAUGGGCUUAUGCGGACGCCCCCAAUGGGCUGGCUGGCUUGGGAGAGAUUUCGCUGCAACACUGACUGCAAAAUAGACCCCCAGAACUGUAUCAGUGAGAGGCUCUUCAUGGACAUGGCAGACCGCCUGGCAGAUGAUGGCUGGAAGGAGCUGGGCUACGUGUAUGUGAACAUCGAUGAUUGCUGGAUGGCAAAGCAACGGGAUGCAUCAGGGCAACUGGUCCCAGAUCCUGAGAGGUUCCCCAGAGGGAUCAAAGCCUUGGCAGAUUAUGUGCACUCCCGGGGACUGAAAAUGGGCAUUUAUGGUGACCUUGGCACCUAUACAUGUGGUGGCUACCCGGGAACCACACUAGAUCAGAUCGAACAGGAUGCCUUAACCUUUGCACACUGGGGUGUGGACAUGCUGAAGCUGGAUGGCUGCUACUCUUCAGAGGAUGAGCAGGCCCAGGGCUACCCUAGAAUGACAAAGGCCUUGAACAUGACGGGCCGUCCCAUCGCCUAUUCCUGCAGCUGGCCAGCCUACCAAGGAGGGCUUCCACCCAAGGUGAACUACACUCUCCUGGGAAACAUCUGCAACCUCUGGCGUAACUAUGGUGAUAUUCAGGACUCCUGGGACAGUGUCCUCGCUAUUCUGGACUGGUAUUCAGAAAAUCAAGAUGUGCUGCAGGCAGUGGCUGGUCCUGGCCACUGGAAUGACCCAGACAUGUUGAUCAUUGGGAACUUUGGCCUCAGCUUUGAACAGUCUCGGUCACAGAUGGCAUUGUGGACAGUGCUGGCUGCCCCCCUUUUAAUGUCCAAUGACCUCCGCAUGCUCUCCCAAAGUGCCAAGGAGAUCCUGCAGAACAAGCUGAUGAUCAAAAUCAACCAAGACCCCUUGGGAAUCCAGGGACGCAUGAUCCUCAAGGAGAAAUCUCACAUUGAGGUGUUCCUGCGUCCACUUUCCCACUCAGCCAGUGCCCUGGUUUUCUUCAGUCGGCGGACAGAUAUGCCAUACCGCUACACUACCUCCCUGGCCAGGCUCAACUUCACAGAGAAUGCUGUGUAUGAGGCACAAGAUGUGUACAGUGGAAACAUCAUCAGUGGCUUGGCACCUGAACACAACUUCACUGUCAUCGUCAACCCCUCAGGAGUGGUCAUGUGGUACCUCUAUCCCACCAUGUACCUUGAACAGCCCUUGAACUUUGUCAGACAGCAAUCCUCUAUGAAGGGCUUUCAUCCAUUGGUCCUGUGAAGCCAACUGAAGAAAGGUGAUGGGGGCCAGCUCAGGUUUUAGCAGCAAGAUGCUAGGGUGCAGGCUUCUUUUUGGCACCCAUUAGCUUCUUGCUGACACUUUCACCCUACAGGGAACUGAUGUUUAAAUUGUUCAUAUUGUUCAAGCCUGUGAUUUAUACUUAAAUCUCUCUGUAAAGCAGCAAUAACUGUUGCCUACCUCAUGGGGAUAAUGUCCAGCUUAAUCCAUUAAUGAUUGUAAAGUGCUGUGAGACCCUCCUAUGGCAGAUGCCACAUAAGCACAGAGCAAAGCUGCAAUAAGAAUGAGCUAAGUACUAUUCAA